CGUUCGCAGCUGCGUGGGGGGAAAAACCAAGACAGUGUAGAAGGUGUGUCUGUGUCACUUUAAUCAUUUCUUCCAGGAAGUAAACUUUUUUUCGUCUCCAAGUGAAUUAUUUUCAGGUGUAGUACGAGUGUCUCCCGCCUGAUAGAAACGCUAUCGAUGGUAGACUUUUCAUGUCGCUGGCUGCCAUGUCGGAUACUUUGGACCGGUCCACAAAGAUCAACUUGUUGAAAGAGCCGGUGGUGAAGAAGCUUUGUGAGGUGUUGGACAAAUCCAGCAGCAGAGGAUGGCGAAAGCUUGGAGAGAUAGUCAACAAUGAGAGACGGUUCAAAGUCAGCUCAGACGACAUGGAGAUGUGCUCUCUGAAGGUGCUGGAGCUGGAGGGCAGCCCGAGCCGCAUGCUGCUGAGGCUGAUGGGAGAGCGAGGCUGCACCAUGGGUCACCUGAUGGAUUACCUCCAAACUCUGGGCAACUCAGAGGCUGUGCAUUGUCUGAAACCAUCAGCCUUGCAGAUUCUCAUUCAGCCCCAGUCAGUGGCUCUUAUAUCUGGCACAAUCUGCGCCUUCAGCUGUCACGCCGUGGGAAAAUCUCCAGUACAGUACCAGUGGUUUAAGAGUAAGGAAGAGGUGCCAAACAGCUUCUCUCCAGACCUGGUGAUUAGUCCAGUCCAUCUGAGGGACACUGGCUUUUACAUCUGCAGGGUCAACUGUGGAGAUACUUUUGAAUUCAGCCAGUGGGCUCAGGUGGACGUCCUAAAUGUCCCCAUGUCUUACGCACCAGGGCAGAGUUAUCAUUCUUUAGAGGGCCGGCUGAAGUUGGUGAUCCAGCCUCAGUCCCAGCGGCUAAAUGUUGGGGAAACCCUUCAGCUGGAGUGUGGAGCCGUGGGACGGCCGAUCCCUCGAUACCAGUGGCAUAGAAACGGAGUCCCAAUCCUCAACGCCACGAAGAGGAGACUGAUGAUACCUGACGUGAUGCAGGAUCACCACGGCAGGUAUCGCUGUGAGAUCAGCAGCAGCACUGAGAGAAUGUGGAGCAAUGAAGUUGAUAUUGUCAUAGCACCAAGGAUAUCUGUCCAGAUUUCAGGGGCGAUGGAGUGCUCUGAAGAUGAUGUUUACGCCAUCGGAGGAGGUUCCAGUGAAUUUUUCCUGAAUAGCAUUCCUGAUCAACUUUACGCGACUGACAAAGUGGCCCUGCUGAUCGGCAAUCUGUCCUAUCAGAACCACCCGCAGCUCAAAGCUCCCAUGGUGGACGUGUACGACCUCACCAACCUCCUGCGGCAGCUCAACUUCAAGGUGGUUUCGCUGCUGGACCUCACGGAGUCAGAGAUGAGAAACGCUGUUGAUGAGUUCCUGUUGCUGCUUCACAAGGGCGUCUACGGUCUGCUGUACUACGCUGGACAUGGAUAUGAGAACUAUGGCAACAGUUUCAUGGUGCCGGUGGACGCGCCAAACCCAUACCGGUCAGCCAAUUGUUUGUGUGUGCAGAGCAUCCUGAAACUGAUGCAGGAGAAGGAGACGGGCCUCAAUGUUUUUCUGCUGGACAUGUGCAGGAAGAGGAAUAUUCAUGAUGACAGCACUCCAAACAUUGUCCUGAGGGUUACAGCCAACAUUGUCUUUGGAUACGCUACGUGCCAGGAUGCCGAGGCGUUUGAGCUUAGCUCCAGUGGCUUCACUAACGGUGUGUUUGUCAAGUUUUUGAAGAAGCGACUGCUAGACGAUGAGAAGAUCACCGUGGUGCUAGACAGAGUCGCUGAGGACAUGGGUCAGUUUGACGCUACGAAGGGGAAACAGGCUCUGGAGAUCCGCAGCAGCCUGUCUGAGAAGAGAGCUCUGACCGAUCCCAUUCUGCCCAGCGAGUGCGCUGAUCUCGACCAUGCUCACAGCCGCCAGUGGGCGAAGGCUCAUGAGCUUCCUGAGAGCAUGAGUCUCAACUUUGACUGCGGGGCUCAGAUCAAAUUGGGCUUCGCUGCAGAGUUCUCCAACGUGCUCGUCAUUUACACUCACAUCAUUAAGAAACCUGAGGACAUGUCCUUCUGCCAAGCUCAUGUCACUGACUUCUCACAGGACCUUGAUGUGGAUCCUAAAGAGAUGAACAGAGAGACUCCAGAGGAGACCGGGAUCUACCUCCUGUCCAGCAGCCUGCCGCAGCACUGUCUCUACACCAGACUCAGCUCACUGCAGAAGCUCAGGGAGGAGCUGGUCUUCACCGUGUGCCUUCAGGGCACCUUCCCGGCCAUGGACGACGAUCCUGUCCACUGGACCAAAAGCAUCAACAUCGGAAAGCCACUGAUCGCCCGACUGGAUCUGCACCGGGCCAUGCGGAGGAACAGCUGCCUGCAGACCUGCCUGAUGCCCCACAGCCCGUCCCACAGCCCCUGUCACAGCCCCGGACCUGAGCACCGCCUCCAGCUCCAUCACGCGCUGCACCAGGCACAGGACUACAGCCGCCUGUCCCCGCAGCACCACUACCUGGACGUGUACGAGCGUCUUCAGGGUGCGGUGGGAGGCUGCGGGGAUUCCUGCUAUGAAAAUCUCAGCCAGUGUCGCAACGAGCCAAUGUACGACUCGGCCGGCGGGCUUUCAAGCUCGCCGGGCAGGCUGAGCAUCCCCAUAGAGGCCAGUGACGACAUCAACGAGCUGCACACUGUGUUCAUCAACAGUCUGCAACUUCAGCAGCAGUGAAACAGGUGCUGGAUAUCACUGGUAUUUACCAGGAAAGAAGCUUUAUAUAAUCUUUAAUGUUAGAUCUGGAAUACUGCUGCUCUUUCUGUAACAUGUUGUGACUUUUUUCAGAAUCAUUUGUUAUAUUGGUAAACUUAUAAGCAUUAUUUGUCUCAACGAGCUAUAUGCUGACUCUGUACGUAAGAUUUAAAUUUUAUAAAUACAUUUUUAGAAAAAUGAAAA